AUGGCAAGUAUUCUAGCCUCACGAGACCAAGAGAACAUCAUCCACGCGCAGCAGACCACAGCUGCUGGGAAGCCCUUGAACCAAACCACGCGGACCCUGCAUCCUAAGACACCGGGAAAUCUGAAGACUCCUUUUCGACUGGCGAAGAACGAUGAGAACCGACCUGUCCUUCUCAAUGGACAGAAGGCUUUGGGUAGAGAUGGAGCCAGCAAGCUAGACAAGAGCACAUUUGUUACACCUUUGAUUCCACGCAACCGAGCACCGCUUGGAGUCAAGACGACCAACGCCAAAGCUCAAGCCUUUCAGACACCUGCUCCGGCUCCUCUCGCGACAAAGCGGCUUGGAACUGGCCCAAAGCACUCCGCAGCUCGCCACUCAGGCAGAUCUAAGAUCACAGUCGCGUCUUCGGAACCAGUUGAUGGCGAUCUUUUGGUGAAAAGAGAUACACAAGAACAAGAGCCAGAUUUUGGAUACGCGCCACCACCACCAGUCGAGCUACCGGAUCCGCCGAUCGAGUUUGAAGAAGAUGUGCUACUUACAGAAGAGCUGCGUGCCGGCUACGGAGUGGUCUACCCAUACGGUUCCCCAAAAGAUGAGAGCGGCAUGUCGAUUCGCCAUAAAAAGGAAGAAGAGGAGUGGCAGAAAUUCGAUGCAGAACGUGUGAACAAAAGCCUCGAAGGCAUUGCUGAGCCUGUGUUUCCUACACCUGGCAAACUAGACGCGGAGGUUGACAGCAUGAUUGCAGCAGGACCAAAGAAGAAACGACCAGAACUUUCAAGAGUUGACACGAUGCAGGCGAAGUCUGCUGCUGCCGCGCUCUCUGGCUCACGAUUGCAUCUGCCUGCUGCUACCAGGAAAACUACCCAGGCAUCAGAACAAAAGAAGAAAGCGAUUCUUCCCGUCACGAGAGUCACGCAAUCGACUCGACCACGACGCUUGUCAUCAUCUCGCACUACUCAUACCGCCGUGUCUAAGAAUACAAUUGGGUUCCCCAAAGCAAAGAAGGCUCCCUCUAUCAUUCCCAGAAGUGCUGAAACUGGAAGAUGUGGAAUUACCUCAGCCUCCAAGCCCAUCAAGAUCUCGCAAGCGUCGAUUCAUCCACGCGAUUUUCGUGAUUUAUACGGCUCACCACCUGAGGAAAGCGAUAUGUGGUUCCGGCUCAAGCAGUAUGAGUUGCUGGAGCAAGACAUGGCCCAGGAUGAGGGUGAUGAUCUUGCCAAUGACCUCUUCGAAACCGACUUCUUCCCUUUCGAAAAUGCAAAGUUGGACGACGAGGACUUCCAACUACCCAUACCUGAGUGA